AUGGAAAACGAUGGGUAUAUGAAGGAAGAUAGUUGCUGCAACUCUCAGAAACAGGAUAUCCACCCGACUGCUCCAGUCGGAAGCAGUACGACAGUUAUUAUUGAAGGUGAUAGUGUGUUACCUCAGACUUCAUGCCAAUGCAUUGAGAAGCAAGACACCUGCACAUGUUCAUCAUCAGCACCAAAAACCAAGGUUGAGCUGGUAACUUGGGUCAAACCAAAGGGUUGGAUGCUCUUGGUUAUCAUCGUGGCAUUUGUAGCAUGGUCAGCCAUCUACUUCACACUGUCUGGUCUGGAUAAGAUCUAGUCAAGGCCACUCAUAAGGCAACCAGUAGUAGUAGUAUUUUAUAAUAUAAAUUUUCAAUAUGUUAGUCUUUUGCCAGAUUAGAAUAUAAUGGGGCAGAUAGAUUUUUAUUAAAACAAAUGUAAAUUAUAAGGAACUUUAGGUAAUGGCUGAGUCUGCAGUGGACUCUCGGACUAUUGUUGUAAACCCAGAUGUACAGAAUAUGGAGAAAGAGACAAAUGCAAAAGAUUUCAAGUCCAAAGAUAAUCAAACUGGAAAUCUUAAAACAGAAAAAAGAGAUAAAUUAAAGUCAACAACACAGCAAAACAUCUCAGAGCAAGAUAAUGUAAAAGAUUGUCCUGUAAGAAAGGAAAACAAUGAAAAUCACAAUACCAGUCAAGAAGACAGCAAGGUACACGUGUGCCAUUCUUGCCAACAUUUGUAUGGCAAGAACAGUGAAAUUGUCAUCAUACCUUCCAAUCUUAACCACACUCAUGAUCACGUCCAACACCAUUCAGCAUUCAAACCAUGGAAGGCGCGCAAAUAUGAGGAUCUAUGUGCAUGCCCAGAGAGUGGAAGAGAAGAUCAAGGUAACAGUACAGAACACCAAACUUCUGUGUGGCAAAAUCUUAUACCUCGCAAUGCACCCUGGUGGCCCCGCACCAAGAUUAUUCUACUGGUCAUUGCUGGAAUCUUGCCAUGGGUUUUCCUGGUUAUUUAUUUGGUCUUUACUUACAAGACAUCCUCCUAAGAUGAGCUGUGACUAGGCAACCACAACCUCCUACGAUUGAUAGAAAUAAUGCUAAUAUGGGAAAGUGGAGAAGAAUUCUCCCUUUCUAAGCCAUGCUGUGUUGUAAGAGGCGACUAAAAUACUGGGAGUAAGGAGCUAGUAACCCCCUUUCCUGUAUAAAUUACUAAAUGUAAAAAGAAAAACUUUCGUUUUUCUUUUUAGAUCACCCUGCCUCGGGAGAUGGACGGUGUGUUAAAAAAAAUGCUAACACGAUGUAGCACCACCUUAAGCACCUAGCAUCCAGGUAUUUUUGGAUUUGUAUCCUGGUUAGUUGUAGGAUAUUUCAUUUGCAUUUCAGGUUUGCAAAUGUGUUAAAAACUUUAUUGCCAUUUGUGCAUUCCAUUUUAUAACUUAAUAUGUUGUGGCCAGUUUUUUUUAAUCAUUAUCUGUAUAUUCAUUAUUAUUAUUACAUUCAGCCAUUAUCAUUAUGCAGUACAGUACUUUAUAAUGCUCACCUGGGUAAAGAAUUAAAAUGUUAUGGAACACAGUUAUAAUGUGCAGUACUAGGGAAUAAGCUUACCAUUUGCAAUUUUUAUUCAUUUGAGGUACUUUUAUUUUUUUUUUUACCUCAGUGAUCAUUUCAUGCCAAGGCAGAGUGAUGAGGUAUAUAUAUACAGUAUACAUUACAAAUGUACUCAGCACAAAAAAUAGCAUAAGUUAUGACUGCAAUUAAUUAUUUAUUAAUUUUUUAUGUUUGGGGCAGACAUAUUUGUCACGAAUAUAAACAAAUAGACUUGAUAUUUAUGAAUAUAUGUUAUCAAUUGAACGUAAUUAAAUUUUUUAUAAAGUACUGUUAGACCUCUUAAUGUUUAGUGCCUUCCAUUGAAUGUAAAUAAAAUUAAUAAAUAGUAAUCUAUAAUUAUGUUCAUGUGUACUAAUUUGUAUUUUUACUGCUAUUCUUUUAACUUCUUAACCCGUAACGGUCCAAACGUAUAUAUACGUUUUUUCAACAUUUGAAAGUAUGUAAAAAAAGUAGAUCUUUUUUGUUUUUUUACAUUUGAAAAUGUGUAAAAAAAACUUUGAUCUAUUUUUUUUUGUUAUACAGUGGACCCCCGCAUAACGAUCACCUCCGAAUGCGACCAAUUAUGUAAGUGUAUUUAUGUAAGUGCGUUUGUACGUGUAUGUUUGGGGGUCUGAAAUGGACUAAUCUACUUCACAAUAUUCCUUAUGGGAACAAAUUCGGUCAGUACUGGCACCUGAACAUACUUCUGGAGUGAAAAAAUAUCGUUAACCGGGGGUCCACUGUAUUUGAAAAUAUGUAAAAAAAACGUAGAUCUACUUUUGUAGCACUACACAUGUGAACGUAGAUCUGCUUGGACUGUUUACGGGUUAACUGUUGUCUUAACAUGAUUAUAUAAAUUUUUGUCAGUUACGUUCAAAGUUGUAACAUUAAAUAGAACCCUCAAAUGUUAAAGGUGACACAAUACAUACAUUCUUCAAAGUUUCACAUUUCCUCCAUCAUACAGACUGAAAGCUCCAGUUAAAGUACAGUACAGUAUGUUCAAACAGAUAAAGAGUAUUUUCUGUUGGUUGACAACAGAUAGUUUAUGAAUAUUGAGUAAAAAAAAUUUGAAGGUCAACAGGAUUUGUUUGUGUAAGCAUCAACAAUUAAGUGGUAAAGAUAAUUCUCAAGUGUUUGAUACAUACAUUUACAGAACAUGUAUUAGUUAUUGAUGAAAUUGUUAUUUUAUUCCUAAGAAGCUACAUAGUAUUUACUGGACCAUAUUCUGUAACUUGUAUAUUGUGUAUCAGUAUGUUGGUUGCUUGUAUAGUGCUGUGUAUUUCCACAUAGAUAUAAUUCACACACGUAAUGUUAUCAGAUAUUUUUUUAAAUCUGCGUAAGUGAGAAGUAUAAUGUUAUUAUGCUCUUGUGAUUAGAGUACAGUAUGUCUUUCAACUGUUAUAUUAAAGAAUAAAAUAAAAAAAUAUAAUUUUAAAAAUAAAGACUAUAGAAUGUAUAA